AUGUCAGAUACAGCAGGAAAAACAAUCACAUGCAAAGCCGCAGUUGCAUGGGAAGCUGAAAAGCCAUUGAGUAUCGAAACUAUUGAAGUUGCUCCCCCAAAGGCACAUGAAGUUCGUAUCAAGAUCUACGACACAGGUGUUUGUCACACUGAUGCUUACACAUUGAGUGGUGUUGAUCCAGAGGGUGAAUUCCCGGUCAUUUUGGGGCACGAAGGUGCAGGUGUGGUUGAAUCAGUUGGUGAUGGUGUCACCAAUGUUAAGCCUGGAGACCAUGUGAUUGCUUUGUACACCCCGGAAUGUGGUGAAUGUAAAAUGUGCAAGAGCGGUAAAACCAAUUUGUGCAGCAAGAUUAGAACUACUCAAGGUAAGGGUGUUAUGCCUGAUGGAACUUCAAGGUUUACUUGCAAUGGUAAAACACUUCUUCAUUUUAUGGGAGUGUCCACUUUUUCUCAAUACACUGUUGUUGCUGAUAUUUCGGUUGUGGCAAUCAAUCCAAAAGCUCCGUUUGACACUGCCUGUUUGUUAGGUUGUGGUGUCACCACUGGUUACGGUGCAGCAACAAUCACUGCAAAUGUUCAAAAGGGUGACAAUGUUGCCGUUUUUGGUGCCGGCUGUGUUGGUUUGUCGGUUGUUCAAGGAUGUCAUGAGAGACAGGCUGCUAAAAUCAUUGUUGUUGAUAUCAGCAACAAGAAAAAGGAAUGGGCAACCAAAUUUGGUGCCACUGAUUUCGUCAAUCCUACUGAAUUGCCAAAGGGUACUACAAUUGUGCAAAAGUUGACUGAAAUGACCGAUGGAGGUUGUGAUUACACUUUUGAUUGUACUGGUAACGUGAAUGUCAUGAGAGAUGCUUUGGAAGCUUGUCAUAAAGGUUGGGGUACCUCAGUUAUUAUUGGUGUUGCCGCUGCUGGAAAAGAAAUUUCAACCAGACCAUUCCAAUUGGUUACGGGAAGAGUCUGGAAAGGUGCCGCUUUCGGUGGUGUUAAAGGAAGAUCACAAUUGCCAGGAAUUGUAGAUGAUUAUUUAGAGGGAAAGCUUAAGGUUAAAGAGUUUAUCACUGACAGAUUUGACUUGGACCAUAUCAACGACGCAUUUGAUGCUAUGCACAAGGGAGACUGUAUCAGAGCAGUUGUUAAAAUGUGA